GUAUCCCAAAUGCGCCAAAUUUAGAUCUGAUAUUAAAACAGUUUAGGGUUUAGGGUAUUCCGGAGCACUCGGGAGAGCAACAAUGAAUCAUCAACGUUCACAAAUUGCGCUUUGCAAAUGGCUCUUCCAGCACUCUUUCCACCCUUCUCCGAAGCUCUUCUCCCUCAACUCGCUCUCGACGAGUCCUACUCGGCGCGUUUCCGACUCAGCUCCAUUGCCGGAACCCGAGAUUCUUCUCAACACACCCACAACAACUCCCCACCAUUUUCUCCAUCCAGCUCUCUCGAACUCACCGACCCAGUUCGCAGCUCGCCGGAAUGUGAGGCAAUUCAGCGGCGGGCCGGAGGAGUUCGAUCAGAACCAAGUGGUGGACACGAUCAACCUCAAGUUUGCAGAGGCGAGGGAGGAGAUAGAGAUGGCCAUGGAGUCCAAAGAAACUGUUUACUUUGACGAAGAGGCCGAGUGCGCUCGAGAUUCUGUGAAGGAAGUGCUGGAAUUGUAUGAAGGUCUUUUGGCUAAGGUGCCAGAGAGCAAUAAGGCGGCGUUGCAGAGGUCGAUGGGGCUCAAGAUUGAGCAGCUCAAGGCUGAGCUUCAACAGCUGAAUGAGUGAAAUUAAGAAGUUAGGACCCACAAGUGUAGAAUAGAAGAGAGCAAAACAAGGUGGAGAAAGAAAGCAAUGGGGAACAAGUAUGGCGAAGAAAUCAGUUUCCAGAAGAGGACAUAGUUUCUCAUGUGGUGGGAAUGGGGGGAUAUCUAAAUUCGUCCUUGGAACUACUGUACGGUGGCCUCCCAAUUUGUGGAGGCACCGAAAUUUGAAUGUAUCCUUGCUCCUCCACCUUGACGAUUUUUGGUGUGCCAUUAUGUCUUUCCAUGUCCUAAAUAUAGAUAUUUCUUUAUCUUCCUUGUUGGUUUAUUGAAAAUGAAGCUUUAAACGGAAGGAGAACCCUUGGGGCGGUGGCUCUUCUGCAAUUGUUUGUUUUUAUCUUCUAGAUGCUAUUAGCUAUGUGUGUGCUGAGCGUUAGCUCUUUAACUCGAAUGAUAAAUUUAGCAUUGUAUCCUACUUGUGCUGAUGAAUCUAAAUGAUGGAUUUGAUGCCGUGAUCA